CCAAAGCUUCAAACCAGCAAGGGCCUCAGUCCUGGUUCCCAAAAAAAGAAGGCAAGUCAAAGAGCACCCACAACUCAAACAUUAGAAAACACAGCUAAACACUUAGAAACUGCAAUGUGUACAGAAGAUAUAGCUCUUAAGGACUCUAGAACCUGGUCUAACAUGGUAGAAAAAGAGUGGGCCUUAACUACAGGGACCACUUCUAAUAACCAACUAAGCAAGCAGAUAAAAGUCAUUGAUGCAGUUUUGAAUAAUUUAAUGGGUAUUGCUAUAGAAGUUGCUAGAAAUAAUAAUAAUAGUAGAUUGAGUAACAUAAUCAGUAAUGAUCUAAAGUCAACUGAAUACAAGCACUUAACAGAUCAUUACACUGCAGAGAAAGACAGUGGUCAGUUCAAUAACACUGAAAUUAAUGAACAAGAAAGCAAAUUCAUAACCAAGAACAAAGAACAAAAGAAAAAUAAUAUACAAAAUUUAG